AUGUCUUCUGUGGCCACCUCAAAUAACACAGAAUCAAUUAUUAAUGCCACCAUCAAUACCACUAAAGCUAAACUCUCUUCCAAAGAAAAAGAACUAUCUAAACACUACGAGUACGAACAUUUAACUAAUGUUAAAAUCAUCCCACAAAAAUCUAUCAAAGAUAGAAUCACAAUCCAGAGUUAUAAUCCUAAUCUAGGCCCCAAUGGCACCUUCGAUGAUUAUAAGACUGCUUAUGACCUGUCCUUAAACGAUCCAUCGAAUUAUUUCGGAGAUUUAGCGAAAAAUGAACUGCAUUGGUUUAGACUGUUUGACCAAACUUUCAUCCCAGACCCAUCUACUGGGUUGCCAUCGUUUGAAAAUAACGCCUGGUUCAUCAAUGGUCAGCUAAAUACCUGUUAUAACUGUGUCGAUAGACAUGCCUUCUUAACACCAAACAAAGUGGCCAUCAUCUAUGAACCAGAUGACCCAAGCAAACCAUCUAUCCAAUUGACCUAUAAACAACUGCUCGAACAAGUCUCCCAAGUGGCGCAGGUCUUAAAAUUCUCUAUGGGUGUCUCAAAGGGUGAUACCGUCGCAGUUUACAUGCCAAUGAUCCCACAGGCUUUGAUCACUCUCUUAGCUAUCGUUAGAAUUGGGGCAAUCCAUUCAGUUAUCUUCGCCGGUUUCUCUUCUAACUCUUUAAAGGAUAGAAUCCUGGACGCUAACAGUAAAUUCAUCGUCACCACAGAUGAAUCUGUACGUGGUGGUAAGAUCGUUGAGACUAAAAAAAUCGUAGAUGAUGCAAUCCAAAAUUUGGAUUUUGUUAAAAACGUCCUUAUCUUUAAAAGAACUAAUAACCCCAAUGUAUCGUAUACUCCAGGUAGAGAUUUGAUUUGGCCCGAAGAAACAAUCAAAUAUAAAACUUAUUAUCCAUGUGAACCCGUAGAUUCAGAACACCCUUUGUUCUUACUUUACACUUCCGGUUCCACUGGUACCCCAAAGGGGGUGCAGCAUUCCACUGCAGGUUACUUGAUUAGUGCUAUAUUGACUAUGAAAUACACUUUUGAUGUUCAUAAAGAAGAUAUCUUCUUUACUGCUGGUGAUAUCGGCUGGAUCACAGGCCACACUUAUGUGGUUUAUGGACCUUUACUGACUGGUUGUACCACUGUGGUCUUUGAGGGUACCCCAGCAUAUCCAAAUUACUCCCGUUAUUGGGAUAUUAUUGAUAAAUUCAAAGUUACUCAAUUUUAUGUAGCCCCUACUGCAUUAAGAUUAUUGAAACGUGCUGGUAACCAGUUUAUUGAGGGCUAUUCGUUAAAGUCUUUACGUGUCUUAGGUUCUGUUGGAGAACCUAUAGCAGCAGAAGUGUGGGAAUGGUACUCUGAACAGAUCGGUAAAAAUGAAAUUCCAAUUGUGGAUACUUACUGGCAAACUGAAUCCGGUUCUCACUUGAUUACUCCGUUGGCCGGUGGUGUCACACCAAUGAAACCAGGUUCUGCUUCCUUCCCGUUUAUUGGCAUUGAACCUGUUAUCUUGGAUCCAACUACUGGAGAAGAAAUUAAUGAUAAACAUGCAGAAGGUGUUCUUGCCAUUAAAAGAGCUUGGCCGUCGUUUGCAAGAACUAUUUGGAAGAACCAUGACAGAUAUUUAGACACCUACUUGAAGCCUUAUCCAGGUUACUAUUUUACAGGUGAUGGUGCUGCAAGAGAUAAAGAUGGUUAUAUUUGGAUCUUGGGUCGUGUUGAUGAUGUGGUUAAUGUCUCUGGUCAUAGACUAUCUACUGCUGAAAUUGAGGCUGCAUUAAUUGAAGAUGAUAUGGUCGCUGAAACUGCUGUUGUUGGGUUUAAUGAUGACUUAACAGGCCAGGCAGUCGCUGCCUUUGUUGUUUUAAAGAAUAAAUCUACCGUGUCAAAUGCUUCUGAAGAAGAAUUACAAGAUAUUAAAAAACAUUUGAUCUUGACUGUAAGAAAGGAUAUUGGUCCAUUUGCUGCACCCAAAUUAAUUGUAUUGGUGGAUGAUUUACCAAAGACCAGAUCUGGUAAAAUCAUGAGACGCAUUCUAAGAAAGAUUUUGGCAGGUGAGGCUGACCAAUUAGGUGAUGUUACAACUCUCUCAAAUCCAGAAGUGGUUCAACACUUACUUAAUUCAGUGAAAUUAUAA